CUAUGAAAUUGUAUCAGUCAUCAAGAAUGAAUUUGAUUAAAUAAAACGAACACUUUAAGUUCAUGUGGAAGACUGUUCCAUAACGUUGGAUCUCGUAAUGCAGAUUAAACAGUUUUAUAACAGAUAAGAAAUAUUAUUUAUCGAAUAGUGAUAUUGUUAUUAUCAUAUUAUUAAGCUUAUUCUCGUGCAAUAAUAAAUUCUAAUACAGAAGAGUACAAAUUAAAUCUUUAUUAUUGACAGGAUGUUUGUAUACCUAAGUAAAAAGAUAGCAAUACCAAAUAAUUUUCGAUUAAACUGUAUAGCAUGGAAUCAAAAAGAAGGUUAUAUAGCUGUUGGAGGAGAAGAUGGCCUUUUGAAGGUACUUAGAGUCGAUUCCAAUGUAAGUGGAUCUACCAAUAGUGGAAAAUCUCGAAAUUUAACUGCUGCUAGUAAUCUGAGUAUGAAUCAGACCUUGGAAGGACACAAUAGUCAUGUACAAGUUGUUACUUGGAACGAACAGCAUCAGAAAUUAACUUCCAGUGAUCAGAAUGGCGUAAUUAUAGUUUGGAUGUUGUAUAAAGGAUCUUGGUAUGAUGAAAUGAUAAACAACUGUAAUAAAUCGGUAGUUAAAGGAAUGGCAUGGAGUUCCGAUGGUCUAAAAAUUUGCAUAGUAUACGAAGAUGGAGCAGUCAUCGUGGGUUCUGUGGAUGGUAACAGAAUUUGGGGAAAGGAAUUGAAGAAUGUAUCUCUUGCUGCUGUACAAUGGUCUCCAGAUGGGAAGCUUUUAUUAUUUGGCUUGAAAAAUGGGGAAGUUCAUCUUUAUGAUAAUCAAGGUGUAUUUUUAACAAAGUUACAUAUCAUAGCGCUUAAUACUAGUCAAAUUCAAACAAUAGUAUCCUUAGAAUGGUACGAUGGAAGAAAUGGUUAUAUCGGUUUAGACUGUCCUACUUUGAUUAUUUGCUACAGAAACGGUAGAAUACAACUUAUGAGAGACGCAAACGACGAUAAUCCGAUCAUAAUAGAGACUGGUAUGACAGCAGCAUGGUGUUGCUGGAAUAGUUGUGGAUCUUUGUUAGCGGUGACAGGAAUUAUGCCGUUGCCAGGUAACGGCGAGACGAAGGAUGCAAAUGUCAUUCAGUUCUAUACUCCGUUUGGUAAACACACGAAAACUCUAAAAAUACCUGGUAGAGAGGUAACGUGCUGCGCAUGGGAAGGAGGAUCUCUCAGAGUAGCUUUGUCAGUUGAUUCUCACAUAUAUUUUGCAAAUAUCCGUUUAGAUUACAAAUGGACUUAUUUCAGUAACACAGUGGUAUAUACGAACGAGAAGAUUGGCAAAGAUGGUAUCUGCAUAGUGUUCUGGAAUACUAUUAACAAUACGUGUUGCACGAAAUACGUGAAAGCGUUAGUAUCGAUAGCUUCGUACGGAGACCACUGUGUUCUGGCAGUGAAAAACGAUCUUGUACAAGGGUCUGAACAAUUUGCCCUUCUAGUUUGUAACUCGAUAGCCACUCCGAUAGAUACGAAAUUUACAGAUUUAGAACCGCUGUGGGUUACCAUGACCAAUAAUACCGUUAUCACAGCGUCAAAAAAUAAUUUUUUAGUAUGGAAUCAUCGUACUCCCCGCAACACCAUGUUACAUGCAGGCCGGAUUAAAAAAGAUAAGAUUUAUCAUAUCGACGAAACUCCAACCGGAGUGACGGAAGUUAUUCAAGACUUAGAUAAAGAUAGAUCGUUCGAAACACCCAUUAAUACUAAAGCCACUAUGGAUCCUAUUUGUUGUUUAUAUGCCACCGAGAAGAUUUUGUUGAUCGGCAGAGAAUCAGGAAUGAUUCAGCGGUACUCGUUACCGCAAAUAACUCUGACAAACAGGUACAAUUCGUCGUGUAAAUUAUAUAAAAUUGCGAUCAAUUGCGACUCGUCACGCGCGUCGCUUAUGGACACGAAUGGCAUACUAACCAUGUUAGACUUGGACAUCGAUUCGAAGAAAAGCUUGAAAAAUGGAGAGGCAGAGGAUGACAUAAACAAAUUUGAAAGGAAAGAUGUUUGGGCCAUGUGUUGGGCGCAGGAUAAUCCAGCUCUGUUGGCGAUCAUGGAAAAGACCAGAAUGUACGUGUUAAGAGAAUUUGAUCCCGAGGAACCGAUAUCGUGUACCGGAUACAUUUGUUCGUUCCAGGACUUAGAAAUACGUUGCGUGUUGUUGGACGAUCUGAUGCAAAAGCCAGAAGAUACAAAGAACGAGUUGAUAGUCGAUCUAGAAGUAAAAUCUUUGAGGGACACGAGAGAAUUAUUAACGAAAGUAGGGUUGAAGGAAGCUAACAAUUUUAUACAAGACAAUCCUCAUCCACGAUUGUGGCGCUUAUUGGCCGAAUCAGCAUUGCAGAAAUUGGAUUUGGAGACCGCGGAAAAUGCGAUGGUACGUUGUACCGAUUAUUUGGGUAUACAGUUUAUAAAACGUUUGCAAAACGUGCACAACGAUCAGUUGAAGAGAGCAGAGGUAGCAGCGUUUCUUGGCAACUACGACGAAGCGGAGAAACUGUACUUGGACAUGGAUCGAAGGGACCUCGCGAUAUCGUUGCGUCAAAAAUUGGGCGAUUAUUUCCGCGUGAUACAACUAAUGAAAAUGGGCAUCGGUGGUUCCGACAAACAAAUGGAACACGCUUACAACAAAAUAGGCGAGUACUACGCCGAGAGGCAGAAUUGGGAAGGUGCACGGGAAUAUUACGAAAAGAGCAGAAACUUGGAGAAGUUGAUCGAUUGUUAUUACAAAUUGGAAGACUUUGUUCAAUUGGCAGGAACGGUGCAACAGUUGCCGGAUAAAAGUCCUCUGUUAAAAACGGUCGCGAGAAUGUUAGCGUCCGUGGGUAUGUGUUCUCAAGCCGUUGCAGCUUACAUAAAGUACGGAGACGUGAAACUGGCUGUAGACACGUGUGUUCGGUUAAAUCAUUGGGAUCAAGCGGUAGAAUUGGCGAAGACUUACAAGAUGGCUCAAAUAGGCGAACUGUUGAACAAGUACGCCAACCAUCUUUUAUCGAAUGGCAAGAGAUUACAGGCGAUAGAGUUGUACAAGAAAGCGAAUUACAAUCUGGAGGCAGCGAAACUGUUGUUCCAGUUGGCCGAAGAACAGGCCAAGAGUCGAACGAACCCAUUACGCACGAAGAAGAUCUACGUCCUCGCGGCUUUGCUGAUCGAAGAUCACAUCAAUAUCACGCCCGCGACUAAGGGCGGUCGUAGUAACAUCGUGAUGGGUUUAACGGAGAACAAUGAAGACACGCGCGUGAUAGAGAAUGCCUGGAGGGGCGCGGAGGCGUAUCACUUUCUUUUAUUGGCGCACAGGCAGAUAUAUUCAGGAAACUUCGACGCGGCUAUGAAAACUGCUUUGCGUCUCAGAGAAUACGAGGAUAUUCUACAGCCCGAGGAUAUUUACUGCUUGCUCGCGCUGUCGAGCGCCGUUAAUCACGCUUUCGCUGUCUGUUCGAAGGCAUUCAUCAAGCUGGAGUCACUGGAGAUUAUCUCGGAAUCGGCCAGAGAAGAAUACGAGGAUCUAGCGGUGGAUAUCUUUACCAAGCACAGUCCAAAAGACGUUCGUAAUUCGAAAGCUGAAUGCGCAAAUUGCGAGACUUUGAUACCUGACUGGUGCGUCGCGUGUCCUAACUGUUCGACCAGAUUUCCUCCUUGUAUCAUUUCCGGAAAACCACUGAUGGAUCUCGGUAAUGCUUGGAUAUGUACCGUUUGCAGGCAUCAUGUCGCCACGGAACGCGAUGUCGUUAAUAUUAAUGCUUGUCCCCUGUGUCACAGCACAGUUACAUAUAUGUAAUUUACGCGGUUGAAAACGUAUCGACUAUGCAUAGUAAAAUAAACAUUUGUUACUUGUAGUUUAACGAACGAACGCGGUUGCAGCUGACUAUGCACAUUGAUCGUGUAGAGAGCACGUGUUGUGCCUUGAUACAUAUGUAUAUCGCUUAAAAGUAAUUUUUCGACACAUCACAUAAGUUUAAUGCACGAAACGUUGUUGAAAAUGUUUAUUUUUGAUCUCAUUUUUGCGUAUCGCGUCUGAAAUAUCUUUUGCGUUUAUUGCAAUACUUAUUCUAAACUAAAAGAUACACGAAUAUUUAUGAACUAGAUCUACUGAAAAAAACAGACUGUUAAUGCCGUCCAAUAUUUUUAUUCGAAAUAAUAAGUGUUAUAAAUGUAAGUAAGUUUACAUUAAAAGUAUUUUAAACUA